GCACCGUCAAUCAAAAUAGAAAAAAAAAUCGACCCGAAUUCACCGAUCAACACUAGCCCGCCUUUGAUAAAAUAAUCAUGUUUGGAGUUCAGUUGAUCAGAUAAUCCUCCCGGUUACUACCACUCACGCUAUGACUGGUACGUAAACAGUUACCGCAUCGAAGCGUGCAACUAAAUCGCGCCAGAGCAGCCUCUGAAACAAGGAGAAAUGGCGUCCGCGGACGUGGACAGCAGUCAAAGCGAGUUUCUGCAACCCGGCGGCGCAGCGGAAACACAGACGACAGAUAUGUCAGCCAUUCAGCUGACGAGUUCAGACCGGUGGGAGGUGUUAACUCCUGUUUCGACUGGGAAGGAAGAAGUUGUUCACAUUCCAAACUCGGGGAUUGUAACGUCCAACGGGCAGUACGUGCUUCCUAUCGGGAGUCUUCCCAGUCAGCCCAUUUAUGUUACAGCAACUGGGAAUGAGGCCUCGGCCAACGGAGUGUCAGGCAUCCAGUAUCAGGUCAUCCCCCAAAUCCAGAACGCAGAUGGGACACUUGCAGGGUUCUCCACACAGGGAAUGGAUGAUGGCACGGGGCAGAUCCAGCUCCUCCAGGAUGGCAGCCAGGGCAGCAUCGGGAUCAGCUGUGCCACGACAACGGCCACAGACCUCCUGACGCAGGCGGGGCAUGUACAGUCGAUCCAAGGCGUCUCGCUGACCGGGGGGUCGGCAUACACGAGCACGGUACCCGUUGGGCUGCCCGGCAACAUAACGUUCGUCCCUAUAAACAGUUUGGAUCUGGAGUCUCUAGGGCUGACCGGAGCACAGACGCUCCCCAUUGCAACAGGGGUAACGGCCGAAGGUCAGCUGAUCAUGAGCGGUCAGACGCUGGAGAGUCAGGGUCAGGACGCCGGCGGCAAACAUUCGCUGGUGACGGUGAGCGACGCCAGCGGCAACCAAGAACUCUACGUGCCAACCACCACCACUUCCUCCUCCAACUCCUCCCAUCUCCCGGAGACCAUCGACGGCACCGGGGUCCUGACCCAAGCGACCGCCGUGUCUGCAGGCGUGUCCGACCCCUCCUCUUCGGCGAACUACAACUCCCACAACCACCUGCAGCAAAUCCAGGUCUCAUCCUCUAAUGCCACCACUAUCUCGCAGCCCAUCCUGCAGCUGUCUGGGGACAGUCAGGCCCAGGUAGCCCAGGUGGCUCAGGGUCAAGACAUGAAUGCAGGAGGCCAAACUCUACAGAGUGUGCAGUUGGUCAACCCGGGGACCUUCCUCAUCCAGGCCCAAACCGUCACCGCUACGGGACAGAUCCAGUGGCAGACCUUCCAGGUUCAGGGAGUCCAGUCACUGCAGGGGCUCCAGCUGCCCCAGGGGCAGGGGCAGGCCCAGCAGCUGACCUUAGCCCCGGUCCAGACCCUCCCUCUGGGCCAGACAGGCCAGGUCAGCCUGCCCAACCUCCAGACAGUCACUGUGAACUCUGUAACACAAUCUGGGAUUCAGUACACACAAGGGGACGAUCCGAACAGCCCAGCUGGUAUGGGACACCUGCUGCACACAAACGGUAUCCAGAUAAAGGAAGAGCCAGAUGAGGAGUGGCAGCUGAGCGGAGAUUCCACGCUGAACCCCAGCGACCUAAACAACCUUCGUGUUCAGAUGGGAGAUGAGGACAUGGAGACGCCGAGCGGGGAGGGCAAGAGGCUCCGCAGAGUGGCCUGCACCUGCCCUAACUGCAAAGAGUCUGGGGGAAGAGGUUCAGGCAUGGGGAAGAAGAAGCAGCAUAUCUGCCACAUCGUCGGUUGCGGGAAGGUUUAUGGGAAGACGUCUCAUCUCCGAGCUCACCUGCGCUGGCACAGCGGCGAGAGGCCCUUCGUCUGCAACUGGAUGUUCUGUGGGAAGAGGUUCACCAGGAGCGACGAGCUGCAAAGACACAGGAGGACACACACAGGAGAGAAGAAGUUUGUGUGCACAGAGUGCUCCAAGAGGUUCAUGCGGAGCGACCACCUGGCCAAGCACAUAAAGACUCACCAGAAUAAAAAAGGCGUUCCCUCCACGUCUCCGCCCACCACCGACACCGUCAUCACCGCCGACGGAACCACGCUCAUCCUCCAGACCGCCACCACCCACGACCUCGUAGGCAAUCAGGAGAUCCCUUUACAGCUGGUCACGGUGGCGCCCGGUGAGGUCAUGGAAUGAGGGCGGGCGGUGAGGUGGUUUUUUUGAGAACUGACCUAUCACAGGGACCUCUUGGGCUUUUCUCUUUCCCUCUUACCUUUUUUUUUUGUUUGUUUUUUACAUAUGAAUAUAUACGUAAAUAUAUAUGACAAAUAUAUAUAUUUUAAGUAAGAGUUAUCAUGACUUUAUGUUUGUUUUUUGCAGUCUUUUUAUAGGCGAGCAAAAAAAAAAAAACAUUAAAAUGUGGUCGCUAUGUACACGCGUAAACACACUCGCAGACACACACACACACACACACAAGAAAACAUGUAUUAACACUCAACACAAUGAAAUGCCUUAUUUUGUAUCAUACUCUUGUAUAAAAUGCUGGAGGUGCAUGUGUUUUUUAAGCUUCGCAGAUGAUGUAACUGUAAUGGAGAUAAAUGUGUUUGUGAAACAGAGAUGAGGUGGGAGUUUUCUGAAAGAGAGGGAAGGAAAGUUGUGAACCUCUCUGGGACGAUUUUGAAUUUUUGUCUCCGGAGAGUCCUGACAAAACCGAGCAGUCUGGGUUAUUUUUAUUUUUUUUGAAGAAGCACUGCAUCCACGCUGAACUGUUGCUGCCACCACGAACGAAUGCUUUUGUUUUUUAAAGGAAUAGUUCAACAAUUUGGGACGUAAUGCUCAUUCGCUCUCUUGCUGAGACUUGGAUGAGUUGAUACCAUUUCCACAUGUGAGUAGUAUCAGUCUCCUCUAACUCUCGUUAAGAAAGAAAAUCAGCGUUUUGCCCAAAUAUGUAACUCUUCCUUUAAUAAACCCGCAGUAACUGUUGCCCCAAUCACUGACAGCCAACAGGACGCCGGUGACGCUGGUGUCAUCCUGUGCCGAUUCGAGCUGUGCGGGAGGUUCAGCUGGUGGUCAGAGUAGGACG